UUGUCACUGGCAUUGUGCAAUAUUUAUUAUUUACGUAUUAUAACUUCGUCUAGGUAUUUCUUUAUGAUAAUGUUAUUAUUAUUCUUUGAUAUUACUUAUUUGAGCAUGUGAUGACACAAUAGAUAACGUAAAAAUAAAAUAGCUCGAUUACGUGGUUAUAUAAAAUUCAAUACAUUUGCUAAAUAUCACAUAAUAUUAUGAAUGCUGAUAAAUUGAUAUUUGACAAAAUGGAAGUAGACAUAAAAUUAGCAAGGGAGUAUAUUCUACAACAGAAUGCUGUAGUGAAUGGCAUUCUGCAUUAUAAAACACUUAGUGUUAAUAAACGGGUAUCAAAGAAAGAAGAAUUAAGUGAAUUGUAUGAAAAGUUAUUUACACUAUCGGAACUUAUUAAAGAAAACCAACAACUCUUCUGCCAAUUGGAGUAUUAUACAAGGGAUAUACCAUUGAAAGAAGUGGAAGAAGUUGAUUUAAAAUUGUUAGUUAACCAUUUGCUUUGUAGUGCAGAUUGUGAUAUUGAUUUUGAAGUAAAAGGUCCAUUUCUAUUAAUAGACGAAAACACUCCAUUAACAAAUUUGGGUCGGAUUACACAGAUUUAUCGCAGCUACAGUCCAAUAAUAGUGUCAUCACUAAAGACUAUACAUAUGUGUCAUUUGUUUCAACAACUUUGUAUCCAAGCUGGAUUGGUAGAUGUAUCACUUGCAAUUUUCACAGAUGAAUCUGAAAUUGAUGGCGACAGUGUCUUAAUGAAAUUCAGCAAUAUAAGAGAAAUUCAAAAUGGCUGCCUGGGCAUCAUUACAAAUCGUUCAGAUAUUGAUUCGGCGGUGGAAGUGUUUUUGGAAACGCCUUCAAGAAAACCAUGGGCGGUAUGCAACAUCUUAGUAGAGGAGUGUGCUGUUGAGAAAUUUAAACAGGCAAUGAGUUGGAAGACUCGUAAUCAAGGAAGCGUAGACGCUGCAAUAGCUAAGCAAUGCACGGCGAGCUACAGCUACGAAGGAAAACUUUUCCUUUUUGAAUACGUCGGAGAGAAACCGACGGAACGACAUGUGAUCACCAUAAACGCGUAUAGAACGGUGAAAGAUUUGCUCAGUGUCGCAGAAAAAUGUGUAUCCGUCUCCCUCUGGGCCAACGAUGUAGCUGAAAGCAACGAAUUAGCACAUAACCUUAAUGCUAAUAUUAUAUGGAUCAAUGGUUUUUGCAAUUUCAACGGGCCGAUAGAAACAUCUCGAGCUUACUUCUCAAUUUUGGAAGAACAAGAUUCUUUCACAACGCAGUCAACGGAGGAAAUUAAAAGAGUGUUGAAAGUGCAAAGUGAAUGGUUGAAAAUUGAUGUGUGCAAACGGGUUAGGUUAUUAAGAAAGUGUUUCAAUGUUAAAAUCAAUCUGUCUAAUUUUGUUCAUGUUGAUAAAGAUUUUUUGUGCAUGGGUGUAACAUUGCCCAUAGGCUUAUUGUAUCUUGAUAAAGAUACAACUCGUGUAUUUGAAAUGAUCGCAUUGGGUAAUGGUUUAUUGGUGGAUAUAAAUGUAGCUGAGAAUAAUAAUAUAUAUAAUAAACUCAAAGAAAUUGGAGCACCAGUGGAAAUUGUUAAGGAAGUGAGUAGGGAAGGAGAUAUGAAGAUUUAUAAAAAUUUGAUAUAUAAGACGAAAGUCAUUUGGACGAGUUAUGGCACUAUAUUCGCUAACUGAGGCUCAUAUGAGUAAUAUAAUGAUUUUUUUUAGAUUUUCUUAAAAAGAAAUUGUUUAUUUUUUUCAUAUCUUUACUAAUGAUAUAAAAAGAAAUGAUUUGUAAGUAUGUUCGGUGCCUUUAAUAACCUCUAUUAUAGAAAGUCUGUAAAAUAUAUAACAAAUUAGUUUAUCAACUGUGCCUGUACAUAUAACUGCCUUUAAAAAUGUACGCAAAAAUCAAAAAUUACAAGCAUUUAAUUAACGGUUACUAUAUGUUCUACAUAAGCAAAUUAUUAAUUGCUUUAGCUUUUAAGAAAUACACAUUUUUAUGUUGUA